AUGACAGUAGCUGAUUAGUCUCUCGACAUUCGACAAUGAGACAAUCUGCUUUUUAAAAAAUAGAUCUAUAUAUAUGCAUAUGUGUAUCAUAUUGUAUACACGCAUGUUGAAUAGUAUUACAACUUGACCAAGAUAAAUUUCUCAUUCUCCGUCGACCUAUUUAUAUAUAUAUAUAUAUAUAUAAAGAAAAGAUUCAUGAAACUGGACCAGCCUGUUGAAUCUUGUCCCAUUCACAAAUGUCCCAAUAUAUAAAUAAAGACCUUUCAUAUCUAAACUUGAAACCCAUUAUCAACCACUUUAAAACCUUCUAAGCAAGAGUUUGAGAGAAAUACGAUUUUCUUACUACAACUCAAAUCAAUUAAAUAAAAAUGGCUUUUUGGUCUGCUGAGAAUGCUACUAAAGCCUACCUCACUACAUUGAAAACGGAUCAAAGAACAAAAUAACCAAACGUGGCUGAAUUCAUAUCGGCCCUAGCCGCCGGAAAUAACGCAAGAAAGAUCACCGUGGCUUGUGCCGGAGCAGCAAACGCUGACAUCCUCGUUGCCCUAAUCGCUGCGGCUAACCAAACGCGAGGUCAAGUGGUAUGCGUUUUACGUGGCAUCGAGGAACUAAUCAUAUCCAAGAAAAUGUUGGAACCAUCAGAGAUUCAUCAUAUACAAUUCGUAGUCGGAGAACCUAACGACAACGCUCUUAUUAAUGAUCAUUUUGGAGAAGCUGAUUUCGUCCUCGUUGAUUGUAAGAUCAAGAACCACCAAGAUAUCGUUAGAAAGAUCGUUAGUCAACAUGAAGAAAAUGCAAGAACCGGAGGUGGAAGCGGUGUGGCGGUUGUGGUGGGUUAUAACGCGUUUUCGAGAGGAUCUUGGAGGUUUAGCGAUGGGAGGAAAACACAGUUUUUGCCUAUAGGUGAAGGGUUGCUGGUGACAAGGGUCAACGAUGACGGUAGCUAUAACCAGAAGAUGAUGAAAAAGAACGAUGAUGAUUAUCAUCAGCACCAUGACCACGUGAGAAAGAGUAAUUGGGUGGUGAAAGUUGAUAAGUGCACAGGAGAGGAGCAUGUGUUUAGGGUUAGAGUUCCACGAGGAGAAGCAACUAUUGAAGCUUAAAACAAAAAAAAAAAACUAUUGAAGCUUAACUAAAAUCUUAUAAAUGAUUCGGUACUUUAGAGAAAAAAUCACCUCUGUGAUGGUUCAGACGAGUGAGAGUAGUAAGAAGAUUAGUUAUUUUGUAUAAGUAAUUAGAAAGAGUUUUGUUUGGUAUUGGAGUGCUAUGUUUGUGUGAAGUCUUUUUUAUUUAUUUAAAGACUUUUUUCCUUUUUGUAAGUGUGAAUAUAAAGUGAUGUGUGUUUCGUUUUUAA